AUAUAUCCCGGUACGUUUGAGGUUUGCGUUACGAUAACACGGUAUCUAAUCUAUAUUGUUUAAAAAUCGUUGAAUUCUACGUUUAUAACUCAUAAAUAGCUUUAAAAUCUAUACUUAAAACGAUAUGGGUCGACUGUCAAAAAAACGAGCCCCGAAAAGCCCUAAUACUUCAGAUAAUAACAAUUCUGUUAUUACCUAUUCCCCACGUUCUGCUACUCCUUUUGAAGCUGAUAAUGUUGCGAUUGAUCUUACACCACAUCUGAUGCUGGAUGACUCUGUCUCUAAUUUAAUAAUGAGUUCCACAUCAAGAUCUAGGAGUAUCAAUAAUAUUAAGAGUGAAUUAAACACUGUCUUAAAACAAAUAACCGACAUGCAUUCUAAAGUUGAGUCACUUGCUAGCUCUUUAUCAAAGCAUGAUGAUUUGAAACAAGAAAUAAAGACAUUAUCACCCCUUAAGCUGCUCCUGUCAAAAGGUAUCGUUCCUGCGGAACUUGAUGACAUAAUAAAAGCAGAAUCUGUUAUCGACUUUAUCGCUAAUGAAGUUACCAAGCGAAUAAUCUCUCGUAAUAACGUGAUUAUCUAUUAUAUACCUGACAGAAUCGCCAUUAAAACUGUAAGAAAUUCGAUAUUAGAAGCAUCUAACCUUCAGGAUAGUCCAUGCCAAUGCAUUCGACUCAAUAAAAAGCACCAGAAAUAGUCAAAAUUAACUCUUCAUUGUCUAACGCUGUCCCUGUUAGAAGUGGAGUAAUACAAGGUAGUGUCUUAGGUUCUUUGCUCUUUUUAGUGUUUAUUAAUGAUAUUUGUGAGUUUUUGUGUCGGUAAGCCCCUUCUAUAUGCAGAUGAUCUUAAAGUAGUAUAUUCAUUUUCUCCACAUGACCUGAAAAAUAUACGAAAUUGCAUCAGCAUGGAGCUUAACAAGGUAACACAGUGGUGCUUGAAAUGGCAACUGGAGCUUAAUACAGCUAAAUGUGGAUGGAUAUGCUUCGGCGAUACAUCGCUCAAACUAGACGUUAUCAUAAAUGGAGAAGUGUUAUCUAAGUUACAUACAGUAGUAGAUUUAGGACUUAGAUACUCUCAAGACUUGUCGUUUACAGAACAUAUAUCACAACAGACCUCUAAGUCUCAACGUCUAAUAGGUUACAUAACUCGAAAUCUUUACAACACUGAGUCACGUAUUCUAAUGUACAAAGUUUGUGUUCGACCUCUUCUGGAAUACUGCACGUUUAUUCUUAGCAGUGCUCUCAUAAAGGAUAAAUUAAGGCUGGAAUCAGUACAGAGACGAUUUACACUUCGUAUUCUUGGAGCUGAUUGUACCUUAACUUAUAAUUCUAGAUGUAAUAAACUUGGGCUAGACCAUUUAUGGAGGAGGAGACUCAAACUAAAUCUUAUCUUUUUCUUCAAACUACUUCAUAAACUAUCGUUUACAUCCGAUCACGCGAUUCAAUAUGCAGAAACCUCUCAUUAUAACAUACGUAAUUCCUUGGCACUAGUGAAACAAACUCAUUCUAAAUCAUCUCUUUAUAUGAAUUACUUCACCUGUAAAUUCUCUAGACUCUGGAAUAACCUACCACAACCUAUCCGCACGAUAAAAUCACUCCCAUUAUUUGUUCGCUGCAUCGAUGCAUACUGUUCUUCUGAAAAUGCAUUGAAUGGUCUAGCUCCUUUAAGUGUAUCUCAUUCCACAAGUGAUAUUUUAGGAACCUUAAAUGUUUAGCCAUCUUUAUUAGUGAAUCCCCUUAGUAAAACCACCCACUUGCUGUCAAUAUGUCAACACUGCCCAUAGCAACUUUAACUAAUUUAAAUAACACAAACAGUAUAUCACUGUGUCACAUGACACACGCAUUUAGGUAGACCUGAUUAAUAUAUUUUGGUAAUUACUUUUUUGUUGUUCCGUGCUCUCUGUUUUCGUUUUAAUUUCUCUAGUUGUAGAUAAUUAUCAUUAUUUCGAUCUGGCACACGAAUUGACCUUAAUUACACCGUUCAUAAAUCAACAGGCUGUCGAUUUAAGAAAUAUUAAAAAUUCCCGGAUAAUGCUUUGGAUCGCUGUAAUAUAUGUACUACUUGAACAACUAGUGAACUAGUAUACUUAAAACUUUCUCUUAUCACAUGUUUGUUUUCUGCACGUUUAACGUUAUUACUUAUAUCAAAUUGAUCAUGCCUGUAAACUGGCGUGAAUUCUGUAAUCAUUAUUUUUCAGAAUAUAAAUUAAUUAUUAAUUAU